AUGGAUGUGAAAGAGUGUGGCAGGCAUGUGUUUGGUGUAUGCCAUGACCAUUUGGCACCUCACGUGAGUGAUGGAAUUGUGGUCAGUGAACAUGUUACUUACAAAAAAUUGAUUUCUACAAUUGCGGGAGAACUGAAAAUCGAUGAAACAAGGAAAAAAAUUAAAGCUCGUUACAUUGUUGAAGUAAAUGCUAGUCCGUUGUUCAUUUGUAACGAAAUGAGUGUGAAGCUCUAUGUCCUACAAUUCCGUUUGGAGGAUUGUGUUUGGAUCUUUAAAGCAUCAUGUCGUCGGGGUAUAGAACUAUUUAAAGUUAGAUUUUUCCAAGAUGUUCACACAUGCCCGUUGAAAGACCAUGUUUUUACUCAACUUCAAGCUACAGUUGGGUUUGUUAGUGGUUUUGCUGCACUAAAACUUGUCAAUUAUAAGAGAAUACACACCCCAAAUGAUAUAAUCGAAGCUAUUAAAAAUACUUUUGGUGUAGACAUUAACUAUCAGAAGGCUUGGAGGGCUAAAGAACGUACGAUUAAGAUGUUAAGGGGAAAACCUGCAUAUGGUUAUCGACAAAUGGCUCGAUAUGUAUACAUGUUAAAUUCUGUAUAUCCAAGUUCACAUAUUAGAAUUCAUAAAUUCGAGGAUAAUAAAUUUAUGUAUUUGUUUGUUGCAUUGCAACCUUUGAAGAGUGGAUUCGAGUAUUGCAGGCCUGAAGUUGUGGUUGAUGGUGCGCAUUUGAGUGGAGCAUAUAAAGGCACAUUUGUUUCUGCAAGCACUCUUGAUGGAGCAGGAUGCAUUCUGCCGAUUGCGUAUGGUGUUGUUGAUAGUGAAAAUGAUAAUUCGUGGACUUGGUUUUUUGAGAACUUCAAAAUUGAUUUUGGAGAGCGCGAUAGUAUGUGUGUUGUAUCCGACCGUCAUGAAAGCAUAAUAAAGGUUGUAAGUGUUGUAUAUCCAAAUGUGCCGCACCUCGCAUGCAUUUGGCACUUGUGGAAGAAUGUUUGCACAAACUUCAGGAAGAGUAAAGAUAGACUUAGCGAUAUUUACUAUGCUAUGGCCAAGGCUUACUGUAAAGAUGAGUUUGGGUUUUUUUGA